GUGCUCCCCGGGCGAGGAGACGGGCCGCCGCGGCUGCGUUGGAGGAAAGUCUGGGAGUGCGGCUGCCGGGCUCCUUCCGGGGAGCAGGCGGUUAACUGGUUAACUUCUCGGAAGCAACUUGAGCUUGACUUCAGGAACUGGGUGGCGGCCGUGACGCCUGUGCAGCCCGCGGAGGCCCAUUGGUCCGGGAGUUCAGGAAGCAGCUCUGAGCUGUCCUGGCCCGGGCGGCCCCCAGGUAUUCCCGGCCCCGCCCGGCCCUGCGACGCAGCCAGGGGAGCCCCGCCGCCCAGGGGAGCCCGGCCGCCCCACUCAGCCUCCGCAAGACUAAACCUCGCGGCCCUCAGGGUCCCGCUGUGGUGGGGAAAGAUGGUCCUGAAGACAGACGAGGAGGAGGUUCCCAGCGACCUGACUGCAGAGGAGCGCCAGGAACUGGAGAACAUCCGGCGGAGAAAGCAGGAGCUGCUGGCCGACAUUCAGAGGCUGAAGGAUGAGAUAGCAGAGGUGGCCAACGAGAUUGAAAACCUGGGGUCCACGGAAGAACGGAAGAACAUGCAGAGGAACAAGCAGGUGGCCAUGGGCAGGAAGAAGUUUAACAUGGACCCGAAAAAGGGGAUCCAGUUCCUGAUAGAGAACGACCUGCUGAAGAACACGUGUGAGGACAUCGCCCAGUUCCUGUACAAGGGGGAGGGCCUCAACAAGACCGCCAUCGGGGACUACCUGGGCGAGAGAGACGAGUUUAAUAUUCAGGUUCUCCAUGCGUUUGUGGAGUUGCACGAGUUCACCGACCUUAACCUUGUCCAGGCGUUACGGCAGUUCCUGUGGAGCUUCCGGCUGCCGGGAGAGGCCCAGAAGAUCGACCGCAUGAUGGAGGCGUUCGCCCAGCGGUACUGCCAGUGCAACAGCGGCGUGUUCCAGUCCACGGACACUUGUUACGUGCUCUCCUUUGCCAUCAUCAUGCUGAACACCAGCCUGCACAACCCCAACGUCAAGGACAAGCCCACCGUGGAGAGGUUCGUCGCCAUGAACCGCGGCAUCAACGACGGAGGAGACCUGCCCGAGGAGCUGCUCCGGAAUCUGUACGAGAGCAUCAAGAACGAGCCCUUUAAGAUCCCAGAGGACGACGGGAACGACCUCACGCACACCUUCUUCAACCCGGACCGGGAGGGCUGGCUGCUGAAGCUGGGCGGUGGCAGAGUCAAGACCUGGAAAAGGCGCUGGUUCAUUCUGACUGACAACUGCCUUUACUACUUUGAAUACACGACGGAUAAAGAGCCCCGGGGAAUUAUCCCGUUGGAGAAUCUGAGUAUCCGGGAGGUAGAAGACUCCAAAAAACCAAACUGCUUCGAGCUUUACAUCCCUGACAACAAAGACCAGGUGAUCAAGGCCUGCAAGACGGAGGCCGACGGGCGGGUGGUGGAAGGGAACCACACCGUGUACCGCAUCUCCGCCCCGACGCCCGAGGAGAAGGAGGAGUGGAUCAAGUGCAUCAAAGCGGCCAUCAGCAGGGACCCUUUCUAUGAGAUGCUGGCGGCGCGGAAGAAGAAAGUCUCCUCCACGAAAAGACACUGAGUCUGCACCGUGAGCGGCCCCGGCGUGCCCCUGGGCUUUCUCUCCCGGCCCCCCACGGCUGGGGGCGGGCUGCGCGUUCCCAGAGACUGGCUUCAGCUCUCGCUGUGUGUGUUCAAGCGGGAGGAGGGGAGGGGAGGCGCAGCCCCAGGGAGAGGGACUGACACCUGUCCGGCACGGAGUCUGAGCCUUUCUUUCUAGAAGGAGCAGAGCCGCGUCCGCAAAGCCGCCUCCUUGCGAGUCUCUCGCGCAGCAGGUCUGACGGCAGAGCUCGAAGCCAACUGUUUACCUCUUGGUCAUUUCCCUGUGAAGAAGCCUUCAACCCUGCAGCGUAAAUACCCGUAUCGAUAUAUUAUUAUAUGUUAAGAAAAACAGCGGAAUGGAAGAGAAGCCACGUACUAUAAAGAUAUAUUUUUGUUUUUUAAAAGAAAGGAAAAAAUAAAAGCAGAGCCGUCAGGCGGUGUCCGGCCCCGUGUGGUGCGGGGGCCUCUCCAGGGGCGGUGGGCCCCCAGGCGGCGGCUGGGGGUAGGGGCUGGCACCUCGAGGUCUCCGGUCCCCGUGUGGGUGGCGCCAAGGGGAGGAGAGGGUCCUGGCCACUCAUCUCUCUCCGGAUCCUUCCUGUUGGGCUUUAAGAUGCAAGGUCAGCAUUCUCCCUUGAGCUAAAUACCCAGUAACCAAAACUGUGAGGAAGGGAACCCCAGCGAGGUUCCGGGCUGACCUGCUUCUGACUUGGUGGCUCCUCCCGCCUCCCCUCUGCCCCCCACCCCAAGCCUCCUUCCUCGUUUUAGAGGAAGGGGGUCUUACCUGAUCACCGUAUGUCUUCGGCUUUCUCUGCCUCGAAACUGGCCCCACCCUGGGCGCGUAUUGUAGGGGGACCCCCAGAGGGGAAGGGGCCUCCCUGUGCCCGGCGGGGGCAGGCAGAGGGUGACAAGGCCGGCCUCACCCCCCGAGCUCGAGUCGGCCCUGCCCCUGCCGACUUGCAGUGUGACGGGAGCCACGAAAGGCAGGUGACCUGCCGUUCUCUCAGGGACUUCCGGGGCCACUCCUGCCGCUCGUCCAGGCCGCACGGGGCCCGGCUGGGCCGUGCUGGCGCCCCCUACGUGGCCGGGGACCAGGCGGGGCGCACGCUGCCCCACGGGAGAGGGCACGGGGCCCGCGGUCUUCUCGGGCCCCGCCGCCUCCGUCGGAACAGGCUGGCAUCUCUGGAAAUCGCUUCUGUAAAAGGGCAUGAAGGGGGUGCCAGGGAGGGGGACUUUCUGGGGACCCCCACUUGGUGUCGGUCCUGCCGGGGCUCCCGAAGGCGGGGGGGGAGGGGCUGCCGGCCUCCCCAGCCCUGCGGAGCGGCGCCUGCUUCAGUGUUCGUCUAUUUAUCAGAGGUGUAAAUAAUCCGUGUAUAGCUUUUCUCCUUUUAGAUUAUUUUGUAUUUGUUUAAAAAAAUUUUGUCAAAAUAUAAAGAAAUGACUGAAA